AUGCGAAACAUUUUAGCGCCGCUGGCGUGUCUGCUCUACGUGCAUGGCAUUGCUGCCCAGUAUCAGAUAUGGGACAUGUGGCAGACUACGUGGGAUCGCUCACAGCUCUUCACAUACCAGAAAAUCUCCCCGCCCAUUAAUUUCACCUCGCCUUCGGGCAAAGGCAGCGCAGAUAUCGUCGUGAACGAUGCAAGUACUUUCCAGUCGGUUUGGGGCUUUGGCGGGUCCCUGACCGACUCUUCGGCGCUUACACUCAACAACUUGAAAUCGAAGAACCCGGAUAAUUAUUGGAAACUAUUGAACUACUUGUUCGUGCCUACGGACGCAGCCAAUGCAGCUGGGCUCAGCUAUAUUCGUAUUCCCAUUGGCGCUUCAGACUUUUCCGCAAGCCAAUACAGCCUCGACGACACUAAUGGCGAUACCUCAUUCAAUAGUUUCAACAUUGACCGCGCGCCUUCGUACCUCUUCUCUGUUCUCAAGGAUAUUCAGUCACUCAACAAGAUCACGAGGAUCCACAUUGUGCCGUGGUCUCCGCCUGGUUGGAUGAAGAAUACUGGCACAAUGUCGGGCGGGUCGCUGAAUUCCAAUGUCGUCAACUCAUAUGCUACCUACCUCCGGAAGGCUGUUCAGGGCUUCAAGAGCAAGGGGGUAUCUGUAUAUGCCAUCUCGAUCCAGAACGAACCUCUGAACAGUAACCCUACUUACCCAACAUGUACUAUGACAGCAGCCAUCGAAGCACAGAUUGGUAAAGCUCUCCGUAGUCAGCUCAAUAGCAAUGGGCUAUCAUCCACUAAGCUCAUUGGCUUUGAACAUAACUGGUCUGUUGCAUCAAGUUAUCCGGUCCAGCUCAUGCAGGCCGGCGGUGAUGCUUUCGAUGGCGUGGCCUUCCAUUGUUAUGCGGGUAAUGUCGCACAGCAAGAGACAUUCCAUGAGGCGUUCCCCACCAAGGAAAUCUACUUCUCUGAGUGCACUGGUACAUUUGGAUCCGAUUGGUGGAGCGAUAUCAAAUGGUAUUUGGAUAACAUUUUUAUCGGUUCGGUUGAACGCAGUGCGCAUGCUGCCCUUAUGUGGAACAUUGCCCUUGAUGGCAAGGGGAAUCCCAAGUUGCCUGGAACGAGCAGCUGCGGAGGCCCAGGUUGCCGUGCAAUCGUAACCGUGAACAGCGACGGGUCCUAUAGUGUCAACCAAGAAUUUUAUGCCAUGGCUCAAGCCUCCAAAGCGAUUCUUCCACGGGACUCCGGCGGACCUUGGGGGAAGAGGGUCGGUGUUUCUGUUGGUGGCACUCUUGGUUCUGGACUGCGCGUCAGCGCCUUCGUCACCGGAAGGGCUAACCCGAAUGAUUGGGAGAGAUACUCCUUGGUGGUACUCAAUUGGAAUGACCACACCAGCAGCGGCAGUUGGAACCCUGUUCCCGUGAAGACGACCAUCGAAUUUCGCGGCACCCAGGCUACAAUCACCUUCCCUGUGGGCGUGUCAACGCUGUGGUGGUAUGCACCAAAGCAAUCGUUCAACGGUACAGCGGGGUUUGAUGGGAACAUAUUCGCGGACGGGGAUGGGACACAGCAGCCUCUUGGAAAUUUUAAUCGGGCGGAUUGA